GAACGUUACUAUAAAUACAUUGGCCAUUGAUCCCUUAAAGGCAUCAUCUUUCAACACUGUUUCCUUUCUUCUUCUACCCCUUCAAAGUUUUUGGAGACUUCACUAGCCAUAUUUGGGAGGCUAGGGCAGGAAUUUUCCAGCGAAAUGAGUCGGUUUCACGGUGGCGGCCCCGCCAAGGGUCGUCGAUAUUUGCCACAAGUCUUACUGGCAUUGGCCAUAUUGGCAGUUGCUAAUGUAGUGUCAGCAGAUCCUUAUAUAUAUUCUUCUCCACCACCUCCUUCUCCUUCUCCACCACCUCCUUCUCCUUCUCCUUCUCCCCCGCCACCAUAUGUUUAUAAAUCACCUCCACCUCCUUCUCCAUCACCACCUCCACCAUAUGUGUAUAAGUCUCCUCCACCCCCAUCACCUUCACCCCCACCCCCUUAUGUGUAUAAAUCACCACCUCCUCCUUCGCCAUCUCCUCCGCCCCCGUAUGUGUACAAAUCUCCUCCUCCACCAUCACCUUCACCACCACCUCCAUAUUAUUAUAAGUCGCCACCUCCACCUUCACCAUCACCUCCACCACCAUAUUAUUAUAAAUCUCCGCCGCCACCCUCGCCAUCACCUCCACCUUACUAUUAUAAGUCUCCACCGCCACCUUCUCCUUCACCUCCUCCACCAUACUACUAUAAAUCUCCACCACCUCCUUCACCUUCACCUCCGCCACCUUAUUAUUACAAGUCUCCGCCUCCUCCAUCACCAUCACCGCCACCACCAUACUAUUAUAAGUCACCACCACCACCUGCUAAGACACCUCCUCCGCCAUAUUAUUAUUCCUCACCGCCACCACCAAAGAAAUCACCCCCGCCACCAUAUCACUAUACUUCCCCACCACUACCAGUUAAGUCUCCCCCUCCACCAUAUUACUAUUCCUCACCACCACCACCAAAGAAAUCACCCCCUCCCCCAUAUCACUAUAGUUCCCCACCACCACCAGUUAAGUCUCCUCCUCCACCAUAUUACUAUUCCUCACGACCACCGCCCAAGAAAUCACCUCCUCCACCAUAUUAUUACUCUUCUCCACCACCACCAAAGAAAUCACCACCGCCACCAUAUCACUACUCUUCCCCACCACUACCGGUAAAGUCACCUCCAACUCCAUACUACUACACCUCCCACCACCUCCAAAAA